GAAGAUGCCUAACCGCCGUCGAAAUUACUGUUUUGCGCCCGGUUGUCGAACUGGGUACAGUCGUGUGCGGGAUGCACCACAGGCAUCUUUGUUCAGCGUCCCGCGUGAUGAAGAACGGCGGAAGGAGUGGGAAAGAAAUCUCUACCGUGUAGAUAAGAAACUGGAUGAGUUUUCUGCGGUCUGUGAACUGCAUUUCGAACCGAGGUUCGUUAUCAAGGAGUUCGUGCACCAUACAGAUGGCAAAUAGGUACGCAUUUCUCGUGAUAAACCGAUGCUGUCGGAAAACGCCGUCCCCACGAUUCUUCCAAAUUUGCCGCAGUACCUCUCGAAGAAGAUGCCAAAACCGAGAGCUAAAAGGAAGAUGUGCGAAAAUGACCAUGCAGCCGCAAAGAAAAAGAGCCGAAGUGCUCUCGAGACUGACUGCACUGAAUUUCCACGGGCUGCUGUUGGUGAUUCAGGGGAGGACUGCGACUUGACACACGAUGACGUUCCAGCGGAGCCCGAGCAUUGCUUGUCGUUUUGUUAUUGUUUAAAGACUCCUUCCAAGUACUGGAGUUUGCAUCACCAUCCUGACCUUAACGGAGUGAUGUAUUGCUCGUCGACUUACCUUGAAGAAGGCGUUGUCACGUCCGAAAAAGUUGUGUUGUUCCUCUGCGAUAAACCGCCCGAUGGCUACUGCAAGGUGUUUGUGAGGGGGCGGCUGAUUGAGGAGCGCAUCAUUAAAUGUCAGGAAGAAGCGGAAAGCGUGCUGGAAAGCGUGGAAGCUACCGAACUCUGUAUUGGUGCUCUGAAUGCCAAAGAUUAUGACACCUGCUUUUUAACAGCAGGACUCCAGAAGCAGCUCAAAAUCAAGCAUGUGACGUAUUUCAGCAUCAACUGCAGCGGCAAAGUAACAACCAAAGGUGGACAGUGCAUGAGCUGCAAAUACUUCAGGAAGGCUCUCUUGACAAGGAGGUCAAGAGUACAACGAACACCUUCCAGGGCUUCCAAAAGUGUUGCCCAAAGGCUGAGGUUCCUUGCACGUAAAAACAAGCGCUUCGCUUCACGGAUUUCCACAAUGAGGGAAGAUGUUGAAAAGAUGCGGGCAUCCAAUGCAGCAGUAGCCGAAGAGACUCUAAGUGAGCAGAUUUCGAAGCUUCCCCAGAAGCAACAAGAAUGUGUCAGACAAUGCUUUGCCGCAGCAGAAGCAAAAAAGAAAGGUUUCCGCUAUAGCAAGCUGUGGAUCCUGGAAUGCAUCAUAAUGAAAAUGACGAGUUCUCGCCUUUAUGACCACAUCAGGGACAAUGAGAUACUCUCCCUUCCGAGCAAAUCAACACUGAAACGAUACACGGCUCUGUACAAAUCAGCAUUUGGCUUCAGCAAAAAAGUGUUGGAAGAAUUGAAGAACAAGACGCAAGACAUGGACCCAUUCAAAAAGCACGGCGGACUUCUUGUAGAUGAGCUCAAGCUUGCAGAGCAUAUAUCUGUGAAGCAGUCAGGUCAAAUCGAAGGGUUUGUAGAUUUAGGACCUUUCACUUCUGCAGCAGACAGGACCACGCAUUCGGAUCACGGCAUGGUGAUCCUAUUUGUUCCGUUCGUCGGUGGAUGGACGCAAGUGAUCGGGACAUUUGCAACCAGAGGCAACAUCAAAGGCGAUUUGCUAGCUCAAAUAAUGGUAGAGGCCACAGUGCUUACUGAGAAGAGCGGGCUUUUUGUUGACUUUAUAACGUGUGACGGCGCCACUUGGAACCGUCGGAUGUGGACAUUGCUCGGUGUAAAGGGAACGCGUGGCAGCGUGAAGUGCAAAGUGAAACAUCCAGUUGAUGAAAGCCGUUAUUUGUACUUUGUAUCGGACUUUCUUCACCUCAUAAAGUGCUUGCGGAACGGACUUUUGAAGUGCUCAUUUAACACACCAGACGGGGACGUGUCGUUGUGGCAUGUCAAGAAAGCCUACGAUCUUGACUUCAAGAGCCUUACGUUAAAGGCAAUGCCAGGAAUAACCAAGUGCCACGUGCAGCCAACUUCAUUCGAGCAGCAGAGAGUUUCCUACGCAUUCCAACUCUUUGGGGAGAGAGUUCUUCAAGGGCUCCACCUUUACAAGGAUGAAAUUGAGGCAAAGACAGGACCCGUAAAUAGCACACAGGAGUUUUUCAAGUAAGAAUUUUGGAGAUGUUAUUUGGAUGUGAGCAAGUUAGUAUGCAUGCUUAUUCAUAGAUAGUUCCUUAGUCAUAGGACCUUCACGUAUUGUACAGAAGUGCCACUACAUAGAUUAGAAC